AUGAAAAAGAAGUAUCAAGGCUCUACAAAGGUGAAAAGGGCGCAAUUGCAAGCUUUGAGAAGGGAGUUCGAAUUGCUGGCCAUGAAAGAAGGAGAGAAGAUCGACAUUUUCCUAGGAAGAACCUUGACGGUGGUUAACAAGAUGAAGGUGAAUGGUGAAUCAAUGGAGCAGAGCACAAUCGUGAGCAAAAUUCUCAUAUCGCUAACCUCGAGAUUCAACUAUGUGGUGUGUUCGAUUGAGGAAUCGAAUGAUCUGAGCACGAUGAGUAUCGAUGAAUUACAUGGCAGCCUACUUGUCCAUGAGCAGCGAUUGAAUGGAUAUGUGCAAGAAGAGCUGGCACUAAAAGUGUAUCAAGAUGAAAAACCUAGUAGAGGAAGAGGUCGCGGAAUGUUCCGAGGUGGACGCGAUAGAGGAAGAGGAAGAAACGCGGUAGAGGAAGAGGAAGAAACGCAGUCGAUCGUGCCAUUAUCGAGUGCUACAAAUGUCACCAAUUAG